AUGGUAUUACCUCCCCUCGUCACCUCACACACGCGUCGGCACGCCACGCCACGCCACGCCACGCUGUCUGACGAGUACAUUGUCUGUCUGUCUGUUUCCGUACUUGUACAACACGACUACUUGGUCAGGAUCGAUGACAUGAGAGAGAGAGAGAAGAGAGAGAAGAGAGAGAGGAGAGAGAGGAGAGAGAACAGGAGAAAGAAAGUUUCCAUGUUGACAGUAUACUCUAGGCUGUGCAACCAACAGGCGCCGGGGAUCCCCUUCACUACGAAGAUUUGCCGCAGCACGGAGCCGAAUAUGGCUGGCGAUGGCUGGCGGGGAGACGUACUAGGAGGGAGGAGGUAUGAGGAUGAGGACGAGGGAGGACUGGGAAGACUGGGAGGACUGGGAGGUAGGCGGAGAGGAUCCGACGAGGAAGAAACGUCACUCGCUCGAUCAGUACUGACUUCCGCGCGUCGAUACCAACUUAGCAACGGGGGCAAAUGGGAAAAUGGGCAAAUGGGCAAAUGGGCAAAUGGGCUAAUGGGCAUCAACGUGUUGACCAUUGCCAAUGCCAAUGUCCGCGGUCCUCGCCAAGCAAUAACGAAAGUGACGUUGACACUCAUAGAUGUGGACGAACAAGAAAAUGCACCAGGCACCAGAAGCACCAGACGACCACGACGGAGUGUGCAAGAUGUGCCUCCCCAUGUCAAAAUCAAAAUCAAAAUCCUUUCUCCACAGACUUCUCCAGCGAGAUUCAUGGAGCGAGGGCAAGGACAACAACAACAACAACAACAACAACAAGGAAAAGCAAGAACUGCCAGGCAAUCCCCCACCAUCUUGGAACCACCACCACCAUCAUCGUCAUCAUCGUCAUCAACAACAACAACAACAACAACAACAACCUCAACCUCAACAACAUCAACAACAACAACAACCUCGUGCUUCGGCGCACCACCACCGGCAUCGUCGCAGCCUCAGCAAAACCCUCCAAGAUGUCAUCAAAAUCCAAGCUCCGCAAGAGUACUUCCAGUCCCAGCAACGUCUCUCCGGCCGUCUCUCCCGUCUGCCCAGCGUCAGAGGCAUCUCCCGAACACCGAGCGUGCACAAUCACCCACGAGUCUCUCGACCCCCGAGUAUGGUUCGGAUCCCCCGCCCCACCAGCCUUCGAAUCUCCUCGUCUCGUCCGCCCAGUUGGCAUCGCAUUUCGAGACCUCCGAGUAUCGUAGUGCGAUACUCCGACACGGAGACGGCCACAGCAGUCAUCAAUCGGUCCGAUGUGGCCAUUAUCGACCACACCAGGAGGGAACAGUCGGAGUCGCCUCCGAUGCCGCUGCUCAGAGGCACGAGGAGCAAUGGCUCGUGGGAUGGCCGGAGGAGAAGCAAUUGAAGAGGAGAAGGAGGAGGAGGAGGAGCAGGAGUAGGAGUAGGAGCAGGACUAGAAGUGGGAAAGGGUCUGAUAGCAGUCAUGUGGAUGUGCUCGUGUGCGAUGGGGAUCUGGAGCAGGAGAGUGGUGGUAUGGAAUGUGGACAGCGUGAUGGGCUGCCGUUAGAAGAUGUGUUGGAGCUGAUCUUGGCAUUGAUUCCGACCAAGGACGAGAGGCCGAUGAUCAAUGCAUGA